UCUGCAAGAGUAUCUUGGGUUCUAAUUGGUGAGCACUGUUGCCCUCCGGCCAAUCGACAGACGUUUUGUUUGACGGUCGUUCACGUUAUUUUCUGUGGAACGCGUGUGCGAGGUUUCCUGUUCUGCAAUAUACGCGGUUGUGGCACAAUGGGUGUAUUGUCCACACUGAUAAGGGGCCUGACGAGGGGAGCAGACAGAAUGUCGGAAUUCACCAGCAAGCGAGGUUCAAGGACUCACAAUAAAGGCAGAGGUUCAAGACCCGCCGGAGUGAAUCUCCCCAGCAGAAAGUUCCUGGCGAUAAAGGCCAUGAUUCCUGAGUUUGUGGUACCGAAUCUGGACGGCUUCAAACUCAAACCGUACGUAUCGUACCGCUCCCCGAAGGGAAUCGAGCCUCCGGCGACCGCAGAGCGUCUGUUCGCCGAGGUGGUGGCUCCUCGCAUCGAGAGAGACUUCAUUGAAGGGGUUUAUGACAAAGAGCAACUGACGAAAUACGGAUUUGAACCCACACAGGAGGGGAAGUUGUUUAAAUUGUAUCCCAAGAACUAUGUGCGCUAAAGUUCAAGUUACAGGAUAUGACAUCAACGCUUGAGUGAGUUGAGAUGCGGGGUACAUAACCAGCAAUUAAAGCUUCCUUGGAAACAUCAUGCACCAGAAAAUCCUUUGUAUUUUGCUUCUCAUCGAUAGCAAAACUUUAUUCCAUUUUGGAAUGA